UUGCGAGUAGAUAGCAUCAUUCUUCCUGUUAGAUCCGUAAUGACAUCAGUUUCCUGCAUGUGCUUACAGUUGUUUCCUGGUUAUUUCAGGAGUCAUGAACGCUUCUUCACUGGUACAGAGGUUAGCAGGGAUUUCUGGAGCACUUGCUAUCGCGGCAGGUGCAUAUGGUGCUCACGGAUUCAGACGCAGCGAAGCGAGUGAUUAUCAGAAAGAGUUGUAUGAUACAGCAAACAAGUAUCACAUCUACCACAGUCUGGCAUUGUUAGGAGCCGCUCGCUGUAGAAAACCUGCUCUGGCAGGUGCAGUCCUCCUCGCUGGCAUGGGCUGCUUUUGCGGUCCCCUCUACCACCAGGCCUUAACCAAUGACCCCAGCUUCAGCAAGCUGGCUCCAAUUGGAGGCUCAUUGCUUAUCGUUGGCUGGGCUGCGAUGGCUCUUUAAACUUUGACCCCAUUUGGCAGACCCUGACCCUGUGAUUUUAACAUUCUCAGAGAUCGUUCCGUUUUGUCAUUUAAACAAGAAAACAAGAGCUACAGGGUGGAUGAAGAAGAGAGGGGUGGAGAAUUUCACAUCUUAUCUAACCCCUUUUCAGUCAUGUAUGGAAAGUGAUGAUAAGGCUUUGGGAUCAAACAUAAUUUUUUUUUUCCUACACUGUCACAGGCAUCUUUAUUUUGUCAGCAUAAGAAAAAAAAAACUUUUGAGAAGCUUUCCUUUAUGGCUUAUAACUGAGAGUGAAUGAGUCACACUCUGGGAUUGUUCAUGUCUUGAAAGUGUAUGUACAUACUUUCCCUUUGUUUGAAAAAAUAAAGCUGUCUGCAAAGUUGA